CUCCAUAUGUUCUUCUCUCUAUUCUGGCUAUCGAGUUCUUUAAUGAUCAUUAGGAUACGCAGGAUCCGUUAGAACACGACUAUCUCCGUUCGUUUUCCGAUCAGAUGGGGCUUCUUGACCAGUUGUGGGACGAUACCGUUGCCGGUCCCCCACCCGAUAACGGCCUGGGCAAGCUCCGAAAGCACUCCACUUUCACUUUCCGGCCUAGCUCCGCCAAGGAAUCUGAUGGCGGGAGUGUGAGAUCGUAUGGCGAUGAAACGCCGCAUGAAGCGACAAGAGUGACGCGUAGUAUCAUGAUCGUAAAGCCGCCUGGUUACCAGACCGGAUCACCGCCGGUUUCGCCAGCUGGUUCAACUCCUCCGGUAUCGCCUUUUUCCGGAGGCAGAGAGUCAUUUCGAUUUCGGAGAAGGUCAAUAUCGGGGGCGUACGAGAAGGCUAACGAGGUUGGAUCAAGGAGCCCUCGUCCUCCUUACGACGUGUGAGAUAUGAGCCGUCUCCUCAUAUUUGACAACA